AUGGCUCAAGAUCAUAGAUAUGCUAGAACUGGUUCAUUUUCUAGCACAAAUGUAUCAAGUGGUGCAAUUUCUAGUCCUAGUGGCGGUGCAAUGCUGGGUGAUCAUCAAGAUCACAGUUUUCCAACAUUUUACGAUCAUAACAAGGGAGGCGCACUUGAUAUUUUUCAAGGGGAAUCUGAGAUCAUGUCACGGAUUCCGGCAACGAAUUCAUUGCCUGAAAGAUUUGGGAUUUCGGAUAUGGUUGUGCCCACAUUGAUGGAUUAUAAAUUGGGGUCUAAUGGUGGCAUUGCAAAAAUUCAGAAUUUCGGUGGCGGAUUUCAGUUCUCGGAUGUGUGUGACUAUGGGGAGGAUUGUUGUGGUUUUUUGCCAAAUUUUACGCCUGUUAUCUGUCCUGCUGCUGAAGAAAAUUGGAGGCUUGAAUAUAAUAACCGACUCACAGCAAAAGAAAGCACAAACACGGUCAAGGUUGGCCGGUACACGGUGGAAGAGAGGAAAGACAGGAUUCUAAGGUAUUUGAAGAAGAGAAACCAAAGGAACUUUAACAAGACCAUCAAGUAUGCUUGCCGAAAAACCCUAGCUGACCGGAGAGUUCGCGUUCGCGGGAGAUUUGCUCGGAACAACGAAAUAUUUGAAGAAGAAACUGAGGUUAAGAAGAAUGACGAUAACAUUCCUUAUGAUCACCAUCAUGAAAAAGAAACGUAUUGCAGUAGUGAUGCAGUCCAGAUCAAGAAUGACUAUGAUGAUGAUGAUGAUGAACGGUGGCUGCAAGAGGCUUUGUCAAGUCUGAUGUAUGUACCGUAUAUUGCUGGAUGA